CAUUCUCAUCCUUUAACGGAUAAAGGCGGGAGACCCUAACCGAACUAUCCACCUCCAAAUUUCUCUCUCUCUCUCUCUCUCUCUCUCUCUACAAUGGCAACAACUGCCUCUGUGACACCCCUGUCUUCCACUUUCUCAACACCCUCUUCAACUCCAAAACCUCCAUCAUCUCAUCCAUCUUCCAUCUCCUUCAAAACCUACCAAAAUUUCAAGCAACCCAAUUCCACAAUUAGAAGAGAAUUCCUCAAAGGAAUGGCUGUGACACCACUCUUUGUAUUGCAAGAACACGCCCUCGCUCGCGAGAUCGAGGUGGGUUCGUUCCUCCCCCAAUCGCCUUCCGACCCUUCCUUUGUCCUCUUCAAGGCCUCUCCCAAAGACACUCCAGCUCUUCGAGCAGGAAAUGUGCAGCCGUAUCAGUUCAUCCUUCCUCCUACUUGGAAACAAGCACGUGUAGCUAACAUACUUUCUGGCAAUUACUGUCAACCCAAGUGUGCAGAGCCUUGGGUGGAAGUGAAGUUCGAAGACGAAAAUCAGGGAAAAGUUCAGGUAGUGGCUUCUCCUUUGAUACGACUAACUAACAAACCCAAUGCAACAAUUGAAGAUAUUGGAAGCCCUGAGAAGGUCAUUGCUUCCCUUGGCCCUUUUGUCACUGGCAACUCAUAUGACUCAGAUGAACUGCUUGAAAUUUCAGUUGAGAAGCAAGGUGAUCAAACG